AUGGGCAGGUCCAUUCUCGCUGUGAAUGCGGGCUCGUCCUCGGUCAAGAUCACCUUCUACACAUUUGAGAAGCCGCCGAAAGCAAUCGUAGAUGCGCAAGUAUCCGGGAUCACAGCACCACCGUCCACGCUCAAAUACCAGCGCGGAGCUGUCAAACACAAGGAACAACUCAAAGAGCACCUGAGCACUCCGCAGGAUGCAUUCAAGUUCCUCCUGUCGCGCUGCUUCAGCGAUCCCGAACUAUCCGAGGUAGCCUGCGACGACGACCUGGCGUAUAUCUGCCAUCGCGUCGUACAUGGCGGCGACUAUCGCGAGGCAGUGGUCAUUAAUGACGAUACAUACCACCACCUGAAGGAAUUAGAGGACCUGGCACCGCUGCACAACUUUUCAGCACUGGAAAUCAUCCGUCUUUGCAGACAGGAACUGCCCAAAGUUCAAAGCAUCACAUUCUUUGACUCGGCUUUUCACCAGACUUUACCAGACUACGUCCGCACAUACGCCAUCAACAAGGAGGUCGCCAAGGCGAACGGAUUGCGCAAGUAUGGCUUCCACGGAAUCAGCUACUCGUUCAUCCUUCGCUCUGUGGCUCAGUUCCUGGGCAAACCGAUGGAAAAGACAAACCUCAUUGUCAUGCAUAUCGGGAGCGGUGCUUCAAUAUGUGCCAUCAAGGAAGGCAAAUCCAUUGAUACCUCGAUGGGUCUCACUCCCUUGGCUGGACUGCCCGGCGCCACGCGGAGCGGUGAUAUCGAUCCUUCUUUGGUUUUUCACUAUACCAACGAGGCUGGCAAGCUGAGCCCUGCUAGUACCAAGGAAAUGCACAUUAGCACUGCGGAGGAGAUCCUCAACAAGAAAUCCGGCUGGAAAGCGCUCACCGGUACGACGGACUUUGCUGAAAUCGCGGUUGAGAACCCGCCAUCUGCAGCGCACAAGUUGGCAUUUGAUCUCCUAGUCGACCGAAUCCUCGGCUAUAUUGGCAACUACCACGUCAAGCUGGGCGGUCAAGUUGAUGCGGUUGUCUUCGCGGGCGGGAUUGGAGAGAAGAGUGCACUCCUGCGCCGGACAUUGGCAGACAAGUGCCGGUGCCUGGGUGUAGCUAUUGACUCAACUGCCAAUGACCAAGGCCCGGAAGAUGACCAGACAGUGAAGGAUAUCUCAUCCGACGGCGGCGCCAGCAAGGGACCCCAGGUGCUGAUUUGCCAGACCAAUGAACAGGCGAGUUUUUUUUCCCUUAUUGGAGACAUCUGA